GCGGCGACUGGGCGCAUGCGCCUCCCCCUGCGAGAGGAGGUGGUGAUCGUUGUCCGCUUGCGCGCGCGCCGCUGCUCCCUCUGGCGGCGCCCCAGGAGCCGGGCACUCGCUCGGCGAAGGUUCCGGAGCCUGCGCUCGCCCCCGCCCCCGCCCGCGCGCGGCCCCCGCCUGCGCGCGCGCUCUCUCCUGUCACUCCCCCGCUCCCCCCCUCCCUUCCAGCCGGCUUCGCUGCGCGUCUCCAGCGAGCUCCCCCUGCAGCAGCCGCGGCGGCAGGUAGGCGCCCGGGACUCCCCACCCAAUGCAAACCCCGCCCGGGGGGAGCGGGGGCACCGGCAGACCUUGGGGCAGGGCACAGAUAACUUUUGCAACAGGAUGGCUGAGCCACGUCAGGAUUUCAAUAUGAUGGAAGACCAUUCGAUGAGCCAAGCUAAGCAGAUCCCGUCAGGCUAUCCCCUGCAGAUACCGGUUGAUGAUGGAUCAGAUGAACCCAUUUCCGAGACCUCUGAUGCUAAGAGCACUCCAACUAUGGAAGAUGCCACGGCCCCGUUAGUGGAGGAGAGAGCAGAUGAGGAUCGGAUUGCAGCUCGGCAGCACGUGGAGAUACCCGAGGGAACCACAGCUGAGGAAGCAGGUGUGGGAGCUACUCCUAACCUUGAGGAUCAAGCUGCAGGAGAUGGUGCUCAAGAGGAGCUGAGCUCCCCAAGGCUCUGGGAGAGUGUGGAACCUGGAAUUCAGGAGCCUGUGGCAAGUGAGAUUCAGCCAGAAAAACAAGCAGCUCGUAUUGACAGUAAAGACAAAGACGGAACUGAUACUGAAGAGAAAAAGCCUAAGACAUCCACACCUUCCUCUGCCAAACCCCUGAAAGGUAGAUCCUCCAUUACCCCCCAACGACCCUCCUCUGUUAGUACAACCCCUUUGAAAAACCCCUCCACUCCUGCUGAGUCCUCAGUACCAGCUUCCACUCCUAAACGAGUCUCUUCUAUCACAUCCCGACCUGCCAGUACAGGAACAAAAGACACCAAGCCAAAGGGUCCGGAGAUGAAAAGCGGAAUGAAGAUGGCUGCUCCCAGGUCUGCAGCACAGACUCAAAAAAGCCCAGCCAACGCUACCCGGAUCCCGGCAAAAACGCCCACGACCCCCAAGACGCCUCCCAAUGCUGCUGGCAGGAAGGAGCAGAGAAAGCCGCCUACCACAGCAGCAAAAUCUGAGAAAGGUGAACCAGCGAAGUCUGGAGACAGAAGUGGUUACAGCAGCCCUGGCUCACCUGGGACCCCUGGCAGCCGUUCCCGCACGCCCUCCCUGCCAACUCCCCCGAACAGGGAGCCCAAGAAGGUGGCAGUGGUUCGCACACCACCGAAAUCCCCUGCUUCUGCCAAGAGCCGCCUGCAGACUUCUACCGCCCCCAUGCCUGAUCUGAAAAAUGUCAGGUCCAAGAUUGGUUCCACUGAAAACCUGAAGCACCAGCCAGGAGGUGGAAAGGUGCAGAUAAUGAAUAAGAAGCUGGAUCUUAGCAACGUUCAAUCCAAGUGUGGCUCAAAGGAUAAUAUCAAACACAGCCCAGGAGGAGGCAGUGUGCAAAUUGUUUACAAGCCUGUAGACCUGAGCCAUGUGACAUCCAAAUGUGGUUCCUUGGGCAACAUUCAUCAUAAACCAGGUGGUGGCCAGGUGGAGGUGAAAUCGGAGAAACUGGACUUCAAAGAGAAGGUGCAAUCGAAAAUUGGGUCGUUAGAUAACAUCAGCCAUGUCCCUGGAGGAGGGAAUAAAAAGAGAGAGAAGGGCAAGGAUGAUGAGCGCGGUGCACAAAAUGGUGUCCCCCAAAGUGCAGGGCCUCAGUCAUUGCUCGCUGAGCCCCCCAUCCCCGAGGAGAGCCCGCUCCCAGACUUGCAGCCAGAUGGUGAUGCCAAUCGAGUCUCACAAGCUGACCUUCCGCGAGAAUGCCAAAGCCAAGACUGACCACGGAGCCGAAAUCGUCUACAAGUCCCCCACCGUCUCCGGAGAUGCCUCCCCCCGUCGCCUUAGCAACGUCUCCUCCACCGGCAGUAUCAACAUGGUGGACUCCCCCCAGCUGGCCACACUAGCUGACGAAGUGUCUGCUUCCCUGGCCAAGCAGGGCUUGUGAUCGCCUGGCCGCGGGCGGAGAGAAGAGAAGAGAAAUCAAUCUGGCCUUCUUCCUCUGUUCCUUUUACAACUACUGCCCCCUCCCCCUGCCCCCCAGAUGGGUAAUGAUUUAACCUACUUUUACUGUCCAUUCAGCUCUGGCUCCAGGACUUCAAAAUCAGUAACAGCAUUAGAUAUAAACCCUCGCCUUCCCCAGGCGAUCUUAGCCCAGUAUAAAGGAACCUGAUCACACCCACACAAAGGGAGUUUGGUUUCUGGAGAGGGUGGUGCUGCUUAAAUUUAACUUCAAGGUACAAGCCUGUUUCCCCCAGCGUCAUUUCAGCCAGACUGAUCCCCAGCCCCCCAAGAUACAGUGAGCCCGGCACCUCCCCGCCUCUAACAACAUCCCUGGUUGCUUUCCAGCACCCCCACCCACCCCCAGGCCACUGGUUUGCUUCAAACAUGCUUCAUUGUCCCAGCAAUUUCCUGGGGGCAACCGCCCCCUGCUGGGGAGCAUGAGGCACAGCCCUCACCAUGGAAAUGGAGUCAUGACAAUGGAAAUCUCGUGUUUGCAGUGUUGUUGUGGCAGUGUCGGUCCCAGGAUAUGAGAGAGACCAAGGUGGGUGAGGUAAAAGCUUUUACUGGACCAGCUCUGGUUGGUGAGAGAGACAAGCUUUCGAGCUACACAGAACUCUUCCCUCCGCUCUGGGAAGGGUACUUGGUGUUACAGCUGAGUAACUGCGAGCACCUUUCCCGGACCUGAGGAAGAGCUCGGUGUAGCUGGAAAAUGUCUCUCCCACCGCCAGAAGCUGGUCUAGUAAAAGCUGUUACCUCACCCACUUGCCUCUCUGAUGAAAAUCUCAGACUAGUUAAUACUAUGUAGAAACCCAGAGACAGUAUGGGAGGCCACCCACCUUCCCCAGGGACUUCUUGGGGAGGGAUGUGACAGAAACACCCUUUUUCUCCCCUGGAAUUUGGCCCCGAAGCUACUUGGAUUCCUGGUCACAGGCUGGGGCCGACGCUCCGACUGUCUCUCCUCUAAUUAAAGGGCACCAGCCUUAUUCCUUACACCCAGCAAAACUGACUUUCAAGUCCUGGGAGCCCACAGCUUCCCUACACGUGGUGCGAAUGCCACGCCCUGAAGGGCGUAGUUCUGUUAGCCACGGCAAACUCGCUGUUCUCAGAGCUGGUUCCUUUGUCUAGGCAAGGAUCUCGCCUGCUCUCUGGUUUCACUAACGUGUGGUUUUAGGGCUCCUCCUUUUAACUCAUAUUAAUGACAACAACUGGUGACUCUUCUCCCAGGCUGUUCCUCUUACAAAAGGAUUUCAGCCUUCAACCCAGGCCUCUAGGGCAGGGCCUGCUCCCACCACUACUCUUCUCCUGGGCUGAGGGUUCUUACCCUGCUCAAUUUUAUGGCCUUGGGCAUCUAUCCAGUUCACCGCCCUCUUCCUCCUGUCCCGCUCCCACUCCUGCCAGCGUGUGUCCUGUGCACUGUGUGGUCUGGAGUGCAGGUAACCCCGGAGCACGGUCCCUCUGCAAGGCAACAAUAUGCCUUAAACACUGGGAGAGUGGGUUGGGGGACCUGUUGCAAGAACGAGCAGAGUGCUGGGGCUAUGCUGACCCAUCUGAAUUCCUAAGGAAUAUUGUGAGGACAGGGGGGAUGGCUGGAAUUUGUUUCCCUCCCUCCAUACCUGUAGGCUUUCUGUUCCUCCCAUGGUACGAGGCUACAGCCAUGCUUGUCUGUGUCUGAGUGAUUGAUUGUGGGCUUGAAUUCUGUGAGGCUGGCCACACAGAUUUCUCAACUUGUGUGUCAGUUUCUGAGAAGCUGCCCUAGCCGUGAGGCCGUUGCAGAGUGAAAGUUCUCUUGCCCUGAGCUGAAUUAAUAGAGGACUUUCAUGUUCUGUGCUAUCUUCCAGUAGAAAAGGGAGUCUCUUGAGUUAGACACAUCUGGGACAGCUAAGAGCUGUGGGAUUUGAAUUCUCCAUCUUGUUAGCAUAACAAUUACUAGAGCGAAGGCACGUUUCUUUGGUCAGAGCAGUGGAUAGAGGGUGACAAAGCCGCGGACAGAUGGAAAGAGCAUCACUCUUUCACCUCGCAAUUUUUGGAAGAAAAACUUUGUCCAGGAGAUAAGAUGUGCCUGAAGAUAGAAAUUGGGCUUCCCUCUUCUUAAACCCGACUGCCUGCCCAUAAAUCCCUCCCUUACACCCCCAGGUGGCCCCUGCCUCUUUUAAGCUCCAAAAGCUGGCUCCAUGCGGUGGUAAUGAUGACACUAGGGAUUAUCACUUCAUUUAGCAAAGGGAUGCUCUUGACGUGUAUCCCUCCCGCCCUAGUUUUGUCGGAGUGGUGCAUUUAUGCUGGAGCUGUUGAGUAGAUGAGUCUUGGAUUUUUUCUUUGGCAUACCCUAGUGUUGUAUAGUGGGACUUGUCUGUAUAUGCUUGGAAAUCACCAGGGUGAUGAUUGUUCUGUAAAAAGCAUGUGUUGUAAAAUUCAGUAGGUAGGUUUUGAACUGCCCCGUGUGCUCAGUACUGAGCUAGAAUUCAGCCAAAGCGACUCUCGCUGCUGUUCGUUUAAUCAGAAAAGAGUGAGAGGAAAUCUGGCUAAGGCCAGAGACAAAUGCAGUCAGCACUGACCCGGUAGCAGCUCAUGAUGGGAAAUGUAUUUCCAGAAGCUGGAGGGUUCUGGCCCUAUGAGCUGUGUAUGUUUUCUGGGAAUUUGGCCAGCAAAGGACAGAGAAGACUCUGGAAGUUCAUCGCAGAAGGUGGUUGCACUGCUUAGCUGGUGAAAUUGUCCUGCUAGAUAAUUGGGUCACUGAGCCCAACCCUUCAUCCUGUGCAGGACUGGGCUGUACAUGUCCUCUGAGACUUUUUCCAGUCUUCAUUAGAUGCCCCAGGUGAUGAGGCUGCCCUUGGCUUCAUAGCCACUGCCCAGGAAAACCUUUCCCAAAGCCAAGUGCUGUCGUGGCGAUGGGAGUGCUGCAGGCCUGGUGAUCACUUUUCUCUGGAUCACAUUUGAACCCUUGAGUGCUAUAGAUCCCAGCAGCAUUUUAAUGGACUUCCAACUUUAAAAAGGAGGCAGAGCGGAUCCCCUCCUGUUACACCCACUGAGCACUUGGUAUUUUGUGGCUCAGCCUCCCAGUGAUCUCUCUCGUAAGCACUUCCAGUCCCUGACACCCCUGUACUGCCCUCCUUUGCAGAUGGGGAAAAGGAGGCAGGCUGGAGGAGUGAUUUGCCCAAAGCGUCAGUCAUUGAGCUGGGAUUAGAAUUUGGGGAGCCCAGGGCUCAAACCAGUAAAGCCUUUGAUUUCACAGGAGCACCAUUUCCUCCGUUACCCAGUGACCCGCUGGUGGGAGAAGCAGAGGGCAGCUCUGUUCCGUCUUCUGAAGCUCGAGCUGCUAGUUCCCACCCUGUGUAAUGUCCGGCUUGAGGCUGGGAGCAAGGCUCACUUCUGUGCCAGUGACUGUGGGGGCUGUGAUCAAAGACCAUUAAAGCUGACUCCCCGGGGCGGCCCAUUGGCUGCGUAAGGCAGAAGACACUUUAAUGUUUGGAAGUGGUGUGUUAGUCACAUCCUGUGGCUCCCCCAUUAACAACCUCAGCUUCUCUGGGGUCUUUGUGAGCUUACCAGACCCCUCAUGGCCCCCCGGUGUGAGUGCAGCUCUUCGGGAGGUCAGAGGCCAGGGAGUGAGACACUCACUGCUAGACAUGGGGGUGGGGUGUCUGUGAUACAGUAACUCCUCACUUCACCUUGUAGUUAUGUUCCUGAAAAAUGCAACUUAAAGCGAAAUGAUGUUAAGCGAAUCCAAUUUUCCCAUAAGAAUUAAUGUAAAUAGGGGGACAAAAGACUGUGUGUGUAAGUUUUAAACAAUUUAUGAUGAUGAUUGUGAAGCUUGGUUGAGGUGGUGGGAUAUUUCCCAGGGAAUGCCUUACUGCUAAAUGAUGAACUAGCACUUGGCUGAGCCCUCAAGGGUUAACUGGUUGUUAAUGGAGCCUCACACUCUGCAAGGCAGCAGGAAUGGAGGGAGGGGAGAGACACACCCUGUGUGUGUGUGUGUGUGUGUGUGAGAGAGAGAUGCGCAUUGCCCCUUCAGGUACCUGCCCCACUCUUAAGUACACUGCCUUGUUAAGUUAAUCAGCAAGCUGAGAUGGCAGCAGCUGCUGCCAGGAAGCUCCCUCUGUCCUGAGCGUCUCCCCCGCUGUACGGAGAUGGGGUAAGCGGGUUGCAGGAGCAGGGGUAUGCUCUGACAUUAGCCCCUCCUGCCCCCAGCAAGCAGGAGGCUCUGGAGAGCAGCUCCCAGGCAAAGGGCAGGCGCAGCACACGGGCGUUGGGGGAGGGAGAGCUGAACUGCCGGCAGUUGAUAGCCCAGGGCUGCUGCACAGGGAAGUGGGGAGCUGAGGGUCCACCCCGGUUCCAAGCCCCCAUCAGGCUGCUCUUCCUGCAAGCAGGGGGCUGCACAACUGUAAAUGAGCAUGUUCCCCCAUCGAUCGGUGACAUAACAACGUUAAGCAGGUCGACUUUAAGGGAGGAGUUGCUGUACCAUGUCCAGGCACCGGGCUUGGGGGCUGUGUAGUGAGAGGGCCACACGCACACCUGGCAGGAUGGGGCUGCCUGAAGGCGAGCUCAGGAUUAAAGGGCGUGCCAGGAACUAGCGCGUUAGUCUGGGGGCGGUGUGUUCCCUGGAGAGAGGCUGAUUUCGGAAUUGUAAGUGGAAAAGAAAAUGCCCGGAAGUUGGGUGGCUUCCUGGGGCUUUCAAGUGUAAAUCAUGGGAAAGUAGGUGAGCUGUGGAGAAGAGCCUUAAAGGAAAGCUGCCCUUCAAAAUAAAAAGAGCUGAGCUGCUGGGGGAGCCCGGAAGUCCAGAGGUGCUUCGGGUUUGCACCAUUCGAGCCCUUUGUUUUAGCCGCUCGUUUAUGCAACCCUGAGUGCAAAUUAAGGUUAAAACAAGAAACUAUCCCUCUCUCGCUGCUUUAGUUGCUAUGGCAACCUAUUCGGACGAAGAGGGAGGUCACUGGCCUUGGCUGAUGCUUGCCAUCCCUUGCCCUGCUGCGCAUGCAGUCCCGCCUGGCAGCCUUUGCCAGACCGAAGAGGCUUCGAUCUGCUUCCGAGCUAGCUUUCCUUCCUCAAGGGCGGGGCCACCUGUGGUGGAGGCGAAGCUGUUUCUGAGGAGGAGAUGUCAGUGUUCGGGAAAUCGGCGGGGGCUACCCCCGCCCCGUUCCCCCACUGAUACAGCCUGGGCGUACCCAGCAAGGUACCUGGCUCGGGCCACUGCCGUGCUCGGUGGCAGGAUUUCAAACGGCCGGACCCUUUCACGGGCCUGCUGUUUUACGGUGUAGACCUGCAUCCAGCAGCCCUUUGCCAGUGCGAGUCAGCCCAGCACGAAUGGCAGGGGGCCAGCAAGUCUGGCUUUGCUCAGGGGCCACGUUUGCAAUAGGCUGCUCUGUUUUAGAGGCACAGGGCUAUUGCUUCCUAGCUCGUAGUCCAGUAGUGGUGCUUGUUUGCCUGGUUUGUUGCAACCUUAUCUCCUGUAUGAUGAGCAGAGGCAGCCCUGAGUUUAGCAUCAGAGCUCAUCCCGCCCGCUACUAGCAUCAGUCUCGCCAGAGGUAAUGGCCAGAUAUGGAGCAGCCUGCUGCUCUUGUACCAAAACAACUGAGGGAGGAGGAGUCUGAGCCCUGGUGCAGCUGUUGGCUCUGGUGUAUGGACUAACCCCCCCGAGGAAAUGAGCUACUCCUAAGGCAGCUCAGUGUCAGGUACCUGGCUGGGUAAAGGAUGUCACCACACUGUUUUCCUUCUUAUAAUUACAUUGACUGAGCUGAAUUUCAGUUUUAGAUGUUCAAGGGCGGAGGGAUAGCUCAGCGGUUUGAGGAUUGGCCUGCUAAACCCAUGGUUGUGAGUUCAAUCCUUGAGGGGGCCAUUUAGGGAUCUGGGGCAAACAUUGGGGACUGGUCCUGCUUUGAGCAGGGGGUUGGACUAGAUGAUGUCCUGAGGUCCCUUCCAACCCUGAUAUUCUACAAGCUGUGAAUCAGUUCAGCUGGUGUGGUGGGUGGCACAAAUUCGAGCCUGGAGUUUCUGGCCCUGAGCAAUGGUAUGAUUUCUCUAGGCUGCCAGUACAGCCAGCUGUCUCUGUUGCUCAUUCUGAUCAGCCCUUCAGGAACCAAGAGGAGUCUGGGGAAGGUUGCCUGAAGGACUGGCUCAGCUUGGAAAGGGAGAUGCUAGCUGGGGUGUUGAGGGCAAGCAAGUCAGCCUAUUGGCCAACACUUAUUUCCACUGGGAUCUCCACAUUCACUAUUUGCACUCAGUGGAGCCACAGCAUUGGUUGUCUAAUGCCAGCUGAAUGCAUUCGCUGUCAAUAGUUCCACUUAAAUGGACUCUGUGAUUAUCUUUGUAUCAUUGUGGGAUGAUAGGAACCCUAGGAUAUUUCUGUCCUAUGUAAAUGAGCAACUGGGAGACCCAGUGAACAAAUCAGUUCACCCAUUUUAACCCUCUUCUGCUUCAGACUGGGCACCUGCAGUGCUGUUAAUCUAAAACUCUCCUUAGGCCACACUGUACUCAGUGGAAAUUGGCUAAGUCAGGGCUUGCUGCAGGCCCCUGCCACUUCCCAACACCCUUGCGGCCUGGCCCGGCCAGAGGUGCUUGGCUUUGGCACAGUCAGCACCCAGUUAUUUUAUAAUGUAGAUAGCUGGAGUUCAGGAAUGGGGGGUUUUAGUUUUAUUAACCCUUAGAACCCCAGCCUGAAUGUCAGUUGUUGGAAGCUUACAGAGAUCUGCAGCCUCAACCCCCUUCCCGGCUGUUUCAACUUCCCAAAGUCAGUCCUCGAAUCUGCAGUCAUUGCUGUGUCUAGAGCUUCUCUCCCUGCCCUUUCCAGCCCCCUGCUAUGCUGUCAGCACUCUACCCUCUCCAGAUGGGUCCCAGCCCUUCGUUGCAGCACCCAGACACUUAUCUUCCAGCAAAGUAGCUAGGCCCAGUUCCCACCCUAACCCUCCAUUCUCCAAGAGCCCAAGCCUGACCCCCAGCCCAUAGAAUGUGGUCAUUUUAUAGACAUCAUCUACCUGGGCCUUAAGCCAAGACCUGAGAUUUACUGCUAAAGGAUGGUACACUGAUGUUCUGUUCCUUUGCUACAACACCCAUCUUGGUCUGAAAAGGGUUCAAACUGGUACUAUAGAACUGUAUUUCUGAAUUGGGGGGAGGGAUAGCUCAGUGGUUUGAGCAUUGGCCUGCUAAAUCCAGGGUUGUCACUUCAAUCCUUGAGGGGGUCAUUUAGGGAUCUGGGGCAAAAAUUGGGGAUUGGUCCUGCUUUGAGCAGGAGGUUGGUCUAGAUUACCUCCUGAAGUCCCUUCCAACCCUGAUAUUCUAUGAACUCCAAAAAAUGCUCGCUACAGGCAUUUGAAGUGGCAAAAGGACAAUUCUAGUAUUUGCAAUCCUGUGAUUCCCUUUUGAAUUUUGCAGGGGGAUGGGGUAGGAGGGCUUAAUCUCUGUAUGAUCAUCCUAGCUUAGCUUCCUGUUUGUGACUGUCCCUAGUGUAGUGUGUGUGUUUUAACAACUGGUUUACACGGAUCGUUGCUGUAAACGUGAAUUUGGAAAUAAAGUCAUUACUACAACAAAA